GAUAAGUCAUUCCUCGAUUUUAUUUGAAUUGUGUUGUAUGGCAGAACUCUGUGAUUUUCUAGUUAGUGAAUUUGAUAAGAAUCAGGAGAUGGGUUGUUAUUGUUGUUGUUGUUAGUUUUUGUUAUUGUUUAUUUGGAUUUGCUUUUGGGUUUCAUUGCUUUUUGUUUCCUUUUUGGGUUUCUUGAGAAACUUGAAAGCCGGGGUGGUUUGCUUUGGAGGGAUUGGGCUUUUUUGGCGCCAUGGAUUGCGGAGGAACAGCUUUAUAUUUAGAAUAAGAGGAAAAGAUUUGUCCGAGUUGGGAAGGAAUAUCUCGGAUGGAAAGAGAGAAAAAAGGAUGAAGUUCUCUUUCAAAUAAAAGGAGUCGACUUUUUGGAUGAAAUUAGCUAUAUGGGUCUCGUUUUUUCUCUACUGGGUUCGUAAUCUUCUGCGUUGUGAAGAUGGAAGGUUUGAUUCUCUUUGGUGGGUGAUUGAAGAAAAGGGUCUUAUCCGGUAUUUCCGUGAAGUUAACAAGUUGCAUUUCAAAUGGAUGAAUACACUGGAAAAAAACCUGUUAGUGGGCCUGGUAUUUCGAGAAGAGGGUCUGGCAUCACUUUUAGAGAUGCAUCAAACCAUGAAAGUCGAAAUGUUCAGUACUGCAAUCGACUAGGGUGCAGCAGCAGACUUGAAUCCAUAAAAGGCAGCCAAAUUGGCAGUUCUGAUAUGCCUAAAUAUUCAAGGCACUCACUCCGUUCUGCAAGUGGCAAGACAUUAGUGGGAAGCUCCUCUAAGACAUUCUCUACUGUUGUUAGUGGCCCUAGAAAGUCUCACCAGGAACCCAAGAAACUUUCUUCUCAUAAAGAAACAGUUCUUGAUGAAACUACUAGUGAGCUGGUAGAAGUGAAAGCAUCUGAAUCCAUCCCUUCAACUUCAGAGGAUCAAACUGGGCUUCUUGAACCUGAGGGUGCAGAAUCUGGAGUUCCCACUGGCAUUUCUACAGAUGUACCAGAGGAAGGGAGAAACUGUAGUAUAGCAUCAAAUCCAAUAUUUCAAAAGCAAACUCAUCAACAAUCUGGUUCAAGCAAUCUGGAUUCUUCUUUGGGUCCCUCUGUUCAGCGUGCUGUUAAUUCUAGAAAUACAAGCAAAUUUGCAAAACCUGUUUCCCAUGGUCAUUGUUCUAACCAAAGUAGAUAUGGACUCAGAAACCUAGGAUGCACAUCUGUAACUGCUAUCCUCCCAUCAGGUUCUUCUUCAGACCUGAACCGAAGUAGGCCUGGUUCAGUAAAAAAGAGAAACACUGAUGGGGAGAGUUCUGCUGAUAGAGGUAAGAAUGUGAGGGGGUCAUCAACUGGAGUAAAUACAAGCUUUCAGAAGAAUUCCUUGUCCAGUCCUAGCCUCUCUCUUUCUGAACGUCCUUCUCAACAAGCUUCAAGGAGGAGUAGAAAUUUGCACCUGAGCAGGGAUAGUGUUGCAUCAGUUAGAGCCCGAAGGACAACCAGUGGUGAGAAUAGGCCAAGGCUCUCUGAACAUGGCAGUAGAAAUAGAUUAUCCCUGCCUGAUCAUUCCAUUGUGAUAUCACAGUCACCACAAAUUGAAAUGCCAAUCAGUGGGAUCACUCAUUCACCACAACAAUCCCAAGCAGAACUUCCUUCCAUUUGCCAGAGUACUAAUGGGCGAUCAGGUAUCAGCAGUGAGAACAUACACGGUAGACAGAUUUCUCAUCCAGAUGAUGGUAAUGCCCGGGCUUUCCGUGGUUUUUCUUUGGAUCAGGAUGGUUUGAGAUGGUUCAACAUGGAUGGAAUUGCGGAGGUAUUGCUGGCACUCGAGAGGAUUGAACAAGAUGAGGAGCUAACAUAUGAGCAAUUGUUGAUCCUGGAGACAAAUUUAUACCUGGGUGGCCUUGGCUUCCAUGAUCAGCAUAGAGAUAUGAGACUGGAUAUAGAUAACAUGUCAUAUGAGGAGUUGUUAGCUCUAGAAGAGAAGAUGGGAACAGUCAGUACAGCUCUUACAGAAGAAGAAUUGUCAAAAUGCCUUAAGAGAAGCUUCUAUGAGCCUGCAGUUCCAGGUGCAGGGAGUAUGGGCAUUGCAGAUGAUGAUAUUAAAUGUAGUAUUUGUCAGGAAGAAUAUGUUAUGAGAGAUGAGGUGGGGAAGCUAGGUUGUGAACAUUGGUAUCACGUGGUAUGCAUCCACCAGUGGUUGCGACAGAAAAAUUGGUGCCCUAUCUGCAAGGCUCCGGCAGCACCCUCCUAAUUCCCUUGCAAUAAUUGAUCCUGUGGCCAACAUCCCCUUUUGUACAAAUCUUGUGCACAGCCUUCGUUUCUCUUUCUAUUCUACUUGUUCUUCAAUUUGUACAUAUUAUAAUUCUCUUUCAUCAUCACCAAAUAAACCACAGCUUUGAGAACCUUGUAUGCCAUUUGGUCCUGGCUCAAAAGUGGGAAAACCAUCCAGAUAUCAAAUUCAGUAAGAAUGUUCCUGAAAAGUUUGCAUUUCCUUACAACUUUUCACUGUUGAUAAAUUAUGAUCAUUGAUUUUAAAAAUCUUGCUGCAA